GAAGAGAUCGAAGUAUUAUGAAACGUUAUAUGUUAGACACAAGUACAACCUUGUGGUUUUACAUUAAUUCACUGUUUCGAUUGCUUAUACUUUGUUCAUGGCGUAGUUUUUAAGCUUUAUGUGUUGCAUAGUUGAUCUCCAAAUUUUUCUUGUGUGUUUCUGUUUAAAGUGCAAGUGAGUGCAUUUCAUAAGGGCCAAUUUGAUUACGAUUUUGUGUUUAGUUUUUUUAUAUAUUUUUGUGUUAGAAAUAGAGGAAAAAUUUAGGGGAGAAAUGAGGGAUAUAUAAGUGAUGAGGAAGAAUGGUGUGAAGGAAACGCACACAGAACGAAUAUAUUUUUGAGGCUUUAUAUCUUGCACUAGUUCUUAAAAUUUUGAUUCUUUGAGUUUUGUUGUAUGUUUUGAUAUUUGUGAUAUUUGAUCUUUUGGUAGUAGUUCAAGUCGACCCUUUCUAGCAGUACAGUUAAUUGUCACAGCUUUAUGGAUCUCCAGCCAUGAAAUUCACUUGGACAAUCGAAAACUUUACUAGGCUGAACACCAAGAAACUCUACUCUGAUAUCUUCCUCGCCGAGGAUUAUAAAUGGCGGGUACUAAUAUUUCCCAAGGGAAACGAUGUAGACUUCUUGUCCGCGUAUUUAGAUGUGGCGGAUUCUGAGUCAUUGCCAUAUGGGUGGAGUAGAAUUGCGGAUUUCAGCUUGACUGUAGUUAAUCAGAUUCACAGAAAGGAUUCAAUGAGAGAGACCGGACAAGAGAAAGUGACUGGGGAUUCACACGUUUAAUAUCUCUUGCUGUGCUUUGUGACCCAUGCUGGGGUUUUCUGCUGAAUGAUAUAGUCGUAAUUGAAGCCGAGGUUGCUGACAACCUUACUUUGAAAAGGUUGUCUGCUGCUGAGGAACUACUGAAAUCCACUUUGGCCAGUGCACCAUCGGCCGAGGCUUUGGCUGCGUUAGACACUGUGAGCCUCUAUUCUAGAAGCAGCCUAGCCACUCUCUGCUCAGAUGCGGCUUACGAGGAGUUC